ACUAGGUAAGGUAGGUUACCAAUAAUUCUCGUUACUUGCUAGUGUUGUUUUGCAAUAGCAAUAUUUUCCUUUCUACGUUUCUACCAGACCAAAAUAGUCACGUAAAUAAUUUAGACGCGAAUUUGACAGUUCGUUAUAAACAAUAAUCGACAGUAGUUUUGCAAAUCACCAACUAGACAACAUUCAAAUUUGGAGUCCGCUGCACUGUCUACGGUUUCAAAUAUCUAAUUACAAGGUUGGAUUAACUCGAUACAUUCCAUUAAUUAUCCGACGAUAGUGAAAAACUUAUGUAUUCUACUCUCAAUUUUAUUGUAUUUUAAAUACCAUGUCCAACGAAUUUUCGUUCUUUUACUUCAUUGGUUCCUAUCGACUUACUUAGGUUGUGAACAAUUUAAAUUUGAAUUUGAWCGUUCUCAAUACUAUGUACCAAACCGAACGCCAACGAAUUCCAAUUAAGUUCAGACACAAAGAAGAACGGGUUCCAGAAUCAUUGUUCUCCCUGUGUCUGAGGUAUGUAGCGCGAAACUUGGACACUCUGUGUACGGAGACACCUGAUGGUUACACUCUACAUGAUGGAUUGGCUUUGCCAAGCGAGAUAUGUGAACCAUUCAUCUCGAUUUAUCAAAGCAAUGGUGGUGAGAUUUUCGACCGUUUUGCUCAUCUAUUCGUAGAUGUCACCAAGACAAACCUGAGAUCGGUAAACAUAAGUAACUCGAGUAUUACGGAUGACGGUCUUGAGUACCUCUUGUGCCAUGACCUAUAUGAACUCACACUUACUAAUUGUCAGAAUCUCACGCACAAAACAUAUAUAAAUAUAUUCAAACACGCUGUAAACCUUCGUUCWUUAACCAUUGGUCCAAAUGUACAAAUAACUCCUUACAACAAGCUUCACGAUUCUUCACUAUCUCUAGAUGAUCUCCCCUCAAGAAUUUACAAGAAAGCUCCCAAUCUUAGGCAUUUUGUAUUGCGAGCAAUUGCAGAAUCGCCAUUUACUAGUGACAACAUAUUUCUGGGUGUCAUGCUCGAUAAGCUCACACAGCUGAGAUUCUUGGACCUCUCAUAUUGCUUAGGUGUUGGCAAUCUGCAUUAUUUGUGUAAACUCACCAACUUACAUACAUUAAUACUUUUCGAUGUGCCUCAUCUACAGAACAACGAAGCAAUAAUCAAUAUCUGUUCCCUGAAAUCGCUGGUUGUUUUAGAUAUAUCUCAAACUGAUACUUUCCCAGAACAAGGUACUUUCAAAGACGAAAAUAAAAUUUUAGCACUUAUUGUGAAAUGUCUACCAAAUCUUAUGUCUUUGGAUAUAUCCGGUACAAAUUUGGCUGGAAAAGGUACUGCAGAACAGUCUAUGAGUGAGUCAUUAAGUGGUAGGAAGUCGGACAUUCCUGGUUUGGAGUAUCGAGUAGAUAAUCCUUUAGAAUUUUUAGGUUUAUAUCAUACUCAGCACAAUGCUUGCAGGCGGCAUGAUAUUCCUGCAAAAAUUAUCAGUGGUGAUGCUAACGAAGAACAGAUUUUCAAUGCUGCUGCUUCGUGUAUGGACAAACCAAAAUUACUUCAAAACAUUUUAAAUGAUCUUUAUCACUUGUUAAGGUAUGACCAGUGUACCCAAAUUGAUCAAGCUCUUGACAUAGUAUUGGAAGCUCUUACCAGAUAUGUUAAAGAGAAACUCAUUCAAAUUUCUGGAAGUGCAACACUUUUCUAUAUUGUGAAAAAUAAAGAUCGGCCAUUAUUAUUAAAUGAUAUAACAGUAAAACGUCGUAUUAUCACAACACUUUUAACUGGAAUGGACUAUCACAACUAUGAUGAAACAAUGAUGCGAAAUGGGUGUUUGACUUUGUGUCAGCUGAGAAUACCUCAAGAUGUGAUGUUUGAGUUUAAACGUUUAGUUCAAAUGUUACUGCACAUUGUAUCUACAAGUGAUCAUGAAGGAUUUGUACAAAGAAUUGGUAUUUAUUUACUAAAUUCAGUUGCAUGUCAAGUGAACAAUAAACAAAAAAAUGAACUUGGAGAUGCUGGUGCAAUUAAGAAAAUGAUGGCAAUAAUCAAAGAUAGGCUUCAUCGAAGAGUUUGUGAUGAUGUACUUGAAGUUGCUUGGUCAACUAUGUGGAAUGUGACAGAUGAAGCACCAAAGAAUUGUAAAAGGUUUCUAGAUGGAAAUGGAAUGAAAUACUUCCUUGGAUGCUUGACUACUUUUCCUGAUAAAAAUGAACUAAUGCGGAACAUGAUGGGUUUAUUGGGUAAUGUUGCUGAAGUGAGUGAGCUACGAUGUAGACUUAUGCAAGGACAUUUUAUCAAAGUAUUUUCUGACCUUUUAUUUUCAACCCAAGACGGAAUUGAGGUUAGUUACAAUGCUGCAGGGGUAAUUGCACACUUGGCAUCAGAUGGCCAAAGAUCAUGGAUUAUAAAAGCCCCUUCAAGAUAUAAAGUAUUAGAACGUAUGACUAAAGCCAUACAAAACUGGAACUUGGAUGCUGAUCGAAAUAUUAACUAUCGUUCCUUUGAGCCAAUAUUACAGCUUGCUCAAGUUAGGCACACACCACAGUGUGCUCAUUGGGCAGCAUGGGCUUUAGCAAAYCUCACCAAAGUGUAUCCCGAAAAAUACUGUUCGAUUGUUAUAGCUGAAGGUGGAUUGAGAAUCAUGAGUGAACUACUUGAAGAACACAGUGAGCUUCAAAAUAAUCAGCCGGGUGUUAUACAUAGUCUAGCUCAAACAGUCAUUGACCAAUGUCUGAUGUAUAUGAAAAACACUAUAGAUGAAGCGAGAAAUCAGUGAGAAUAUUAUUUUCUUUUUUGCCGUACCGCCCUACCUAUAAGUUCUACCAAAAUUGAAUGUUUAAUUUAUACACUUAUAUCUUAAUUAUUUUUGAGAGAUAUAAUUAUAACUGUAUUUAUUAUUU